CAUAAAACACUCUAUAUCGUAUUUCUGUAAUACAUAAUUCGUAAAUAGUGUCAAUGUAAGUGUAAACGUAGUUCAUAAAUACCAUUUCCACCAUUUAAAUGUUAGUGCCGUAUACGUUUAUUGCCUCUAAAUAAUAUACAGCACUCGUAGUAGAAAUUAAAUAUACAGGACAUUCGUUUUUCGCUAACGUGCCUGUUUUUCCUGAACCAUCGGCUAUCGGUAACACUGAGUAUGAUAUGAAAUGGUACAGGAGCUCUAGAGCCCCCAAAGCUGAGACUGAAAAGCUCAUAAAAUGCAACGUCUAUACAGAUACUAAGUCUGUGGUAGGGAUAUGAAAGGACAGUGCGAUCGUUGCCGAAAACCGCGAGGAAUCACUGCCGAGCAAACUAGAGUCGCGUUACAACGCUUAAAAUUGCGAAAAACAUUUUGCAACGUUCCAGGAAAUUAUAUUGUACGAAGUGCCCUUUGGAGAGAGAUAGAAUGAGGCGUACAACUAUAGGAGUAAUGAUCGUCUGCUCCGCCAUGAUGGUCGUAUCCGCGGGAGGCGUCUUGAAUGUCGAUCAACAUUCGGCAGCCAUCUCCGAACCAAAUCCCGACACUAUGAGUAGAUCAACUAAGGAGAGCUUUUAUCACGGAUACGUGUCGUUCCCAGAGAGCAGGGCGCUAUUGUGUAAGAGACGGGUGAACAAACACUGCGGCGCGAUACAAUACGAGCCGCAAAGUGUCGAGGGACAUAAAGGAUUCCCGGAUUCGCCUAACAGCCCUCCGGACGGCAAGAUUGCUAGCGGUGCCAACAGUCAAUUCCCUGAACUGAACCAGUACGGUAAAGAUCGGUGGGUCAGCGUCGAUUUUCCAACACUGGCCAGGUGGAACAAGACCCACGUCUAUUUUAACUACACCUGGACUUUCACCUCGGUGCAUUCCACCACCAGCUUCCGCAUGUUCGUCGCCAAUAACAAGUACAACACCGAGGAGCCGUUGGCGAGGAAACAUUUGGAUCUGAAACCGAUAUGCGCGUUCAAUUUCGAUGGACACAAGCCGCCGCAAGUAUUGACGUUUGGGUGCGCUAUCUCCAAUGAGAAGCUCCAGGAGAUGGAACAGUUCACCGAAAUGUUGAUGCUGAGUGUCUGGGAUAUCAAUGACACUGGUAAUGCGUUCUACCAGGUUAUUGACCUUCUGCCGAUACGGGAAAGUGUGAUCCUUGACGGCAUUCGGAGGAAAUACGAGGAAGACGCAGCUGUUGCAGGAAUUCUCGAUUCGAAUUAUAUAUCGAAUAAAUUCUUCGAUUAAUAUUUCGAGUGGAUUCUUCGAAUGAAAUUUAUUCGA